CGUGUUGAGUGUGCUGAGGGCUUCGGAGACGUGAACUCGCCUCGUUGCUGUAGUUGAAUGCGUCGUCGCUGGAGCUUCACGGCUCCAAUUUUCUUCCACAAUUCUUUCUCUACAGACGAUAUAAGAGGCUCUUUUCGACCCAAGACAUCGAUCUAAGGUGCACAGUGAUUCCAGAAUCAGUGAAGGACUCUGAGGGAGUCGGAAAAGACUGCCCAUCCCAGACCAGCCGCUCCGUCUCCUGCGAGGAUCCUGCGUUUGCUGAUUCAUGUUUGCUCAUAGAACCAAUUCAGUACACAUGAGCGGAGCACACUGUGUGACCUAGUCUCAGUUCUAUUAUGAGUGAUGUUAACUUGCAGGCCGCUGUCAGCAAUGAUGUCGGUGAAGGCGCCGGGGGGGCGGACGAGGGCGAUGGAAAGAAACCCAGAACCGGUUCCACCAGGUUGAGCAGCAGGGGCACGGCCGCUCGUAGCGGCCGCUCCGUGACCGACAGUUCCGGGACGGCGCGGCAGUCACAUUCCGAUGACACGGACGUCCAUUCCAGCGGGAACGAUUCUCCCGAGAGAGAGUGCGAUGGACAUGCGGGUCAGGAGGCGUCCACCUGCAGCUCUAACAAUGGAAAGGACUCCGCUAUCGAGGCCACGGAGAGCAAGAGCUCCAACUCGCACAGCCCGUCUCCUCCCAGCAGCUCGGCCGCCUACAGCCUGCUCAGCGGCAGCUCUGAGCAGGACCAGCCGUCCACCAGCGGCUGCAGCAGUGACCAGUCUGCGCGCCUGCGGACGCAGAAGGAGCUGCUGAAGGCGCUGCAUGAGCUGAAGAUCCGCGUCCCAGCCGAGCAGCGAGGGAAAGGCCGGUCCAGCACGCUGGCCUCGCUGCAGUACGCGCUCAACUGCGUUAAACAAGUGCGGGCCAAUCAGGAGUACUACCACCAGUGGAGUGUGGAGGAAAAUCACGGCUGCUGCCUGGAUCUGUCCGCGUUCACCGUGGAAGAGCUGGACAACAUCACGUCUGAAUACGCUCUUCAAAACACUGAUACGUUCUCCGUGGCCGUGUCCUUCCUCUCCGGGAAAGUGGUCUACAUCUCUCCGCAGGCGUCCUCUCUGCUGCGCUGUAAGCCGGAGGUGCUGCAAGGGGCUGUGUUUUCGGAGCUUUUGGCCCCUCAGGACGUCAGCACCUUCUACAGCAGCACGGCCCCCUGCCGCCUGCCCCCGUGGGCCUCCUGCACCGGCACCGACUCGCCGGUGGACUGCGCUCAGGAGAAGUCCAUGUUCUGCCGAAUCAGCGGCGAGCGGGAGAGCGGAGGAGAGCUGAAAUUUUAUCCGUUCCGGCUGACGCCGUAUCGGCUGAUCCUGCGGGACUCGGACACGUCUCAGCCCGAGCCGUGCUGCCUGCUCAUCACCGAGAGGGUGCACUCCGGAUACGAGGCGCCAAGAAUCCCGGCGGACAAGAGAAUCUUCACCACCAGCCACACGCCGAGCUGCCUGUUCCAGGAGAUUGAUGAGAGAGCCGUCCCGUUGCUGGGGUAUCUGCCUCAGGACCUGGUGGGAACGCCGCUGAUGUUGUACCUUCAUCCUGAAGACAGAUCUCUAAUGGUGGACAUUCACAAAAAAAUUAUACAGUAUGCCGGUCAGCCUAUUGACCACACGCCCCUGCGCAUGUGUGCACGGAGUGGAGAAUAUCUGACCAUGGACACCAGCUGGUCGUCCUUCGUCAACCCCUGGAGCAGGAAAGUGGCCUUCAUCGUGGGGCGGCACAAAGUCAGAACGAGCCCCCUGAACGAGGACGUGUUCACGGCCCCCGAGGAAGAAGAGGUGAGGCCGAUGUCUCCGGAGGUCCCUCAGCUCAGCGAGCAGAUCCACAAGCUGCUGGUGCAGCCGGUCUACAGCGGCGGCUCGCAGGGCUACAGCAGCCUCGGCAGCAGCGGCUCGCGCGAACUCCACCCCAGCGCCGCCUCGUCCAGCGACAGCACCGGAGCCGCCGCAGAGGAGCCGCCACACGCCAACAAACUGACCUUCCAGCAGAUGUGCAAGGAUGCGCACAUGCUGAAGACCAGCGGGCAGCAUGUUUACACAGAGUCGCGAAACAGACCCGCGCCUCGCAAACAGGCCAGCUCAGGAGACGUAGUGAAGGCUGCUGAAGCAGAGAGCACUUCCAGAGAGAGCCAGCAGAUGGUGACUCUUGGUCCUAAAGCACAGGCCUCCACACAGCUACCACGAAAAGAGCUCCCGGCCGCCUACUCGUACCAGCAGAUCAACUGUCUGGACAGCAUCAUCCGUUAUUUGGAGAGCUGUAAAGUUCCCAACACGGUGAAGAGGAAAUGUGGAUCCUCCUCCUGCACCACGUCCUCCACCUCUGACGACGACCGACGCAGAGAGGCAGCAGGACCAGCUAAAGACAUAGUGGAGACACUGGAAGUGGCCGGGGGGUCAAAAGUGGUCCCUGCUGAGCCGACUCACCCCCUGACUCCUCUGGCUCUGCACUACAAGGCCGAGAGCGUGGUGUCUGUGACCUCCCAGUGCAGUUUCAGCAGCACCAUCGUCCAUGUCGGAGACAAGAAGCCACCAGAGUCAGACAUUGUAAUGAUGGAGGAGCCUCCAACUACCCCCACUCCUGCACCAUCUAUCGCAGCCCCCCAAAACCCCACCGCAUCUCCUACAGGGGUGACCGCGCAGCCUGCUGCCUCCCCCAGCCCUGCGGAGAAGGAGAAGGAUAAAGAGGGGAGACGAGGGGGUGGAGGAGUGAGCAGAUGGGGGCUCACUAAAGAAGUGCUGUCCACUCACACCCAGCAGGAGGAGCAGGCCUUCCUGAACCGCUUCAGAGACCUGAGCCAACUGCGGCUGAUCCAGUCCAGCCCGACCGAGCACAGACAGACGGCCACUCCUGCGGCAAAAGGUGUCCGCAGUUCCAAGGACUACCCAGCAGGAGGCGGCAGUGGGCGGCGGCGGGGCAGAGGAGGCAAAAGACUCAAACAUCAAGUCGAGGGCUCUUUCCCCGACAGCCCGGCCCUGUCCACGUCCGGCCCUAGCAUGCCCCCUAGAUCGACAGCAGACGGUCCUAGUAUCCCAGUUUUCCCCAGCAGUCAGCACCUUUCUGCGGGGGCUCAGUCGUCCUCCUCCCCCUGGCCGACUUCCGUGGGCUCCCAGGCUAGUGGACCACCUGUAAUGACCUCUUAUCCUCCUGGCUGCACGCCCUUCUACUCCCUGUAUCCCCCAUUCCCUGUCCCGCAGGUGGAGGUGGACCCGAGGAUGCAGGCGGCAUUUUCUUGCCCCCAGCCAGGCCCGAGGUUUCCGGUUCAAGGCUCUCAAAUGUUCCCCUCAGUGGCCCCUCCGGUUAUGGCCUUUAUCCUGCCCAACUGUAUGUUCCCUCAGCUCAGUGGUCCCAACGCUCCAGUGCAACAGCUUGGACAGGCCGUGCCGCUGCCCACCCAGCUCAACCCCCAGUUCAAUCCAGCCUUGUCUCAGAUUAGCCCUGCUGUGGCUAAUUUUAACCCCACUUUGGGGCAGUUUAACCCACUAGUCCCCCAGCUCAAUCCCACCCAGCCUUUAGCCCUACCUCCGCAAUUCUAUAACCCCAACCUUAUGUUUGGAUUCCAAAACGGAGCUGCCGUACCGGCCCCGCCUCCCCCAGCAGCCCCGCCCGUCCGCGGCCCCUCUCGCUCCAGCACCCCUCAGUCCACCGGCCAGACGGCCCCGGACCGCGAGGGGGCGGGGUCUCCUCUCUUCCACUCCCGAUGCUCCUCUCCUCUCAACCUGCUGCAACUGGAGGAGUUGCCAAGCAACCGUACUGAUGUCACACAGCAGACCCCGCCCCCAGGGGGAGGGGCCACCCAAGCAGCACAGGGUACUGGGACCUGUAGCAGCGCUAAAGAUGCCACGAGUGAAGAGGCUGAAGUUAACGAGUCCAACCAGGACGCCAUGUCCACCUCCAGUGACCUGCUGGACCUGCUGUUGCAGGAGGACUCUCGCUCAGGAACGGGUUCGGCCGCCUCGGGCUCAGGGUCCUCGGGAUCUGGCUCCGGAUCCUCCGGCUCUGGAUCUAACGGCUGUAGCACGUCAGGAAGCGGCACUAGAAGCAGUAAUACCAGCAAGUACUUCGGCAGCAUAGACUCAUCGGAGAACGACCACGGUCACAAGCAAGCAUCAGGAGGGGCCUCAGGAGAGGAGCAGUUUAUCAAAUACGUCCUCCAGGAUCCAAUCUGGCUCCUCAUGGCCAACACAGACGAGAAAGUAAUGAUGACCUACCAAAUGCCCAAAAGGGACAGAGAGGCGGUGCUGCGAGAGGACAGAGAGGUUAUGAAGACGGCACAGAUGCAGCAGCCACACUUUACUGAGGAACAGAAGAAAGAGCUGAGUCAGGUCCACCCAUGGAUCCAAACGGGCUGCCUUCCCAAAGCCAUCAAUAUCACUUCCUGCAGAGGGUGUGGUUCCCCUACAGAAGCCUUGUCUGCCCCACCAUUUGAUGUGGAGCUCCAUGACAUGGAUCUCACCAGGAUCCUGAGGGACGAGAGCAAUCACAUCACCACAGUGACGGCUGACUCUGCGCUCCCUGACAGCCCGCAGUCGUCAGAAACGGCUCACCGAGAAGCUCCAGCUGACACGCGGAACACACACGCUCUGGACGAGGCUGUGAAGGAGGCGGAGGUGACGUCAUCGUCAUCGUCAUCAGUGGACGUGAAACAGGACUGAGCAGCGUAUUCCCUGAUUCGCCCUGAUCGCUGUUGGACCUGUCUACCGCAUACCUACACCGGUCGGCCGUUUUAUCGGAAACACUCAUCACUUUGUAUGUUUACAGUUGCAGACUGUAGCCCAUCCGCACGUGUCAUCAGCCACCCUACAGUCUCCAACUGCACGGCCACAAGGUGGCGCUGCAGGGCUGUAAAUGCACCUGCAUGAACCUGAUGGUCAGUGAGUGUAGGUACAGCGUGGGAGUGCUCAGUACAUUUGCAGCUCAGCGUGUGAAGCCAUAAUCUGGCCUGUGGAAGCACACACUUCGUUCUGUAGGCUCAAACAGCAGCCCAAUCCCGUUUCCUCUCCUCAUAUAUACAUUUAUAUAUAUGUCUGAACUUGUGCUGCUCCGUAGGCCACCCUGCCAAUCUGCAGUGACCGCAGAGGAGGGUGAAGUUCAGCUCCUGAGCUCGACAGUCGGGACGCCCUACCCCUACACGUGAAAUGGGAUUGGGCCAGCGUGCGAUUGCCUUUAGGGAGCCGUGUCGGCGACCAGUUCAGUUGUGCGUGGUGUUGGUAUCGUCUUAGCUGUAUCAUCGUCCUAGUCAGUAGAAGAUGUAAAAUAAAUGAAGUCGUUUUACUUCGAGAUCCGUUUAAGGACGGCGCGUUAGGAACACCUACUUUUUGUGGUUCGUUCAAGUUUUCUAUCCAAGUUUGUCUUUUUUUAAUGCCAUUUCUGCAUCUUGUUUUUUUUUUAAAUGAUGAUUGUACGCACCAAAGACAAUCCAAGAUAGGCACAUUUUAUUUGAAAUGAAUUGAACUCGUGCACACAGACGUAUGUGUGUGAUUUUUGUUUAUUGUAAAAUGUGGUGGUGUUGAUCCUGUUAGUGUGUUCUUUAUGCACAGGUUAGAGCUGCUGUAUAUCCUGCCGACCAAAUCCGGAAUAAUUCUCCUAUUUUCUCCCAUCUAGAUAAAAAGAAAUUAUGCAGUUUGUAACGGUUUGUUUUGUAUUAUUUGUCUGUUUUCGGACAAAAGGAGCAGAACUAAGCCUCCGAUUUGCGAGGAGCUGAUUUGGCCGUUCCUAUGGAAACGCAGUAAUCUUGCUGGGUGGACAUUAAUCGUGGGUAAGCGGAGAGAAGAUGACCCAGCAGUGUGCCUGAGGUUCAGAGCGGUUUCAAGACUUGAGCCGACGAUGCUGAUUCCUUAAUUCUUCUGAAUGAGCGUCCGUUGGCUGCGUUUCACUCCCCCGAGCUUGAAUGCUGGGGCUUUCUAAAGGCUCGUCUGUGAAAACAGCCGGGCUUCCAAUCAGUUUACAUGCAGUAGGUCGUCUUGAUGGGAGCUUCUCGGAACAGGACAGUCUCUUUUACCCCAAGUGGGGUCAUCUCUUGCCACGUGGGUCCGACUCUUAUUAAAGGAACACUUCCUUAGGUGUCAACGUCAUCUCUACCUGCUGCAUCUGUAGCUUCAGGACAGUCAUAAAACAGCGGAACAGAACAGGUCAGUGAGCAGCUGCCCAGGAACUGAAGAGGUUUUAAAUUCCUUUCCAAGUGCAGGAAAACAUAACGACUUUAUUAUCAGUGGUCAUGACCGUUGGUUACAAAUGCAGCAGAUGGUGAUGAGGUGUAAAAACACUGAAGUAUUCCUUUAAGACUGAUUUACAGAGGGUUCCUCUCUAUUGUUUCCUUUAAUACUCAAAUAAAUAAAUGUUGACAGUUGAACAAA